CAAUCAGCCCGGUCUACGUCAGCCACGUGGUACACUUUGGAAGGGUCAUGUGGCGCAGUAUCAGUCAUUCAGUCGGUCACCUGAGCCGGGGUCGAGUUAGUCCGUAGUGGGGGUUUAGUGCUGUCGCCAUGUCUGGGCUCGCGUUGCUGUAUUCGGGGCUUGGAUUGAGUGCAGCCGCCGCCAUCACCGGCAUUGGGAUCUGCUACACAAUAUUUGACCUGGGCUUUCGUUUUGAUGUGGCAUGGUUCCUGACAGAGACCUCACCCUUCAUGUGGUCUAACCUGGGAAUUGGGCUGGCCAUCUCGCUGUCAGUAGUGGGUGCUGCUUGGGGCAUUUACAUCACUGGAUCCAGCAUCAUAGGUGGUGGGGUCAAAGCACCUCGAAUCAAAACCAAGAAUCUGGUCAGUAUCAUCUUUUGUGAAGCUGUGGCUAUCUACGGGAUCAUCAUGGCCAUUGUGAUCACCAACAUGGCUGAGCAAUUUACUGGCAACACUCCUGAGACGAUUGGUUCACGGAACUACCAUGCAGGUUACUCCAUGUUUGGGGCAGGGUUGACAGUGGGCCUCUCCAAUCUGUUCUGUGGUGUAUGUGUGGGCAUUGUGGGCAGUGGUGCAGCACUGGCAGAUGCCCAGAACACUAGCCUCUUUGUCAAGAUCCUAAUUGUGGAAAUCUUUGGCAGUGCCAUUGGACUGUUUGGAGUCAUCGUGGCUAUUCUGCAGACAUCAAAAGUGAAAAUGGGUGACUAAGCCCUUUGCCAUUCAUCUGUCUGCCACCUGCAGAUUUUGUACAUAUUUAUUUAAUGUCUACUGUUGGGUUGGGGCAGAGCUUGGUGUAUAAAGUUAUUCCUGUGAUCUUUGCCUGCCAGGCCAUAGAAGACCCUGAUCAAUGGAUAUAUAUGUGUUGAGAAACUUAUCCUGUCUUUUCCGCCUCUGCCACCCGUUCACUGUUUCCUUGAAGAUGAAGGCUGGGUGCCCAGGGGAAGGAGUCAGUGGUUCUCCUGCCUUACACUCUCUAUGUGGCAGUCACUGCAAACUGCAGUGCCAUGUCUUGUGAAAUAAAUUUGUUUAUGGCUAAAGUGGUUGCCCUCUUUUGUGUGCCCCACCCUUCCUACUGCCCUAUCUCCCACUGGCCACAAGAGUCCACCUUUCUGGGUUAUCAGUCAUACUGAUUGAAGCCUUGGCUCUACAGGUGGUGUCCUCCUAGACACAUCUGCUCCACACUGAAGAUGCACAAAGGAACUGAAAAGUGUUAUUUCCCUAAAAUGGCAAAUGAUUAUUGAAAUUAAUGAUAAUAAAAGUGAUUUGUAUUGUGAUAA